UCAUUUCUCUACUAUUCUCUUAUGAAAAAUGUCAAUAAAAAAUUUGCACACUGUAUAAUGUAAUAAUCUGAGUAUCAAAAAAUUUUUAUUUUAUAUCUUUCAUUCGCAACCCCAAAAAGAAAGUAAAUCUGCUAACUUUAGAUAUUGAGGAAAUUUCAAAGUCAGUUUUAUUUGUUUCCUGUUUUUGUGUUCUCUUUGCCUUGAUGGUAGGAUCUGUAGUUAACAAGACUAGUGUUACAUCUCCAAACUCUGAUCGCUGGAAAAGUAUCAAGCUUUCUGCUUGAUUCUCUUUCUUAGCAUCUGUCAAGCUUUCUUUGAAGAUAAAUUUGAGAUGGAGCAGUUCAAAGAGAGGAAGUUUGUUUGUAAGUUCUGUAGCAAGAGGUUUCCUUGUGGGAAAUCACUUGGAGGUCACAUCAGAACUCACAUGAAUGAGAAUUCAGCUGAUUCAGAUGAAGAUGAGGCUGAUAAGCUCAAGAUGAUUGAUGAAAAUGGUGGUCAAUCUAGUUAUGGUCUGAGAGAGAAUCCUAAAAAGAACAAGAGGUUUGUGGAUCACAGACAGAUUAUGGCUCUGAAACAGCAGCAGCAGCAGCAACAACUUCAAGAGCUGCGUCGUUGCAGAGAAUGUGGUAAAGGUUUUGUUUCUUCUAAAGCUCUUUGUGGUCACAUGGCUUGUCACUCUGAGAGAGAGAAGAUUGUUAUGGAUAGUCAAUCUGAUACUGAGGCUUCUUCCUCUCCUAUCAGAAGAAGAUCCAAGAGAGUUGUUGUGAAACCUCACCACAAAGCUGCUUUUGUAGUUGGUGGUAAUGGUAUUAUGAAUCAAUCUAUUUCAGCUUCUUCUGAUGCUUCUGAGAUUGAGCCUGAACAGGAGGAAAUGGCAAGGUCUUUGAUGAUGCUUUCGAGGGAUUCUAGUUUUAAGAAAGGACAUAACUCUUUGGCUGAGUCAUCUGACAACAACUCUGUGAUUCUUGAGACUAAGUCAUCUUCAGGUGAGCAGGUUAAGAUGUUCAAUGUGAAGAAUGUUGAAGAGUUAUGUAAGAAGAACAAACUUGUAGUUGAUAACCAGAUGAGGUCUGGUGAAGAAAAUGGUGAUGUUCAUUAUGAUUCAGAUAAUUCUGACUCUGGCUACUUCAGGAAUGGACCAAAGAAGUUGGACUCAGAUGUUUCUGUUGAUGGGUUCUUUAGGAACAAAACAAUAAUGGGAUCUGGAUCCGGAUUCAACAGCUCCCCAACAAAACAAGAUAGGGACAUGAACAGAUUCAGGAAGGAAUGGUAUAAGGAAGGAGGGUCAGGGUCAGGAUCAGGAUCAGGUCGUUCUUCUACAAAGUAUGAUCUGAGGAAAAGCAAAAGAGGUUUUCCUUCUCAUGGUCGUAAGAAAAUCAAGUAUGAGUUCACUGAAUCUGUCUAUGACAGUGGUGAGCAUAGCUUGGAAACUGACUCUUGUGCGGACACAAACAGAACUAUCAAGAUUCAUAGUAAGUCUCCAAUGGUUAAGAAAGCAAACGGUGCAAAGAAGAAAAGCAAAGGUCACGAGUGUCCGAUUUGCUUCAGGGUGUUCAAAUCAGGACAAGCUUUAGGAGGUCACAAGAGAUCACAUUUCAUUGGGAAUCAAGAACACAGGACUUUGGUGAUUCAACAUCAAGUAGCUCAUGAGAUGCAUACACUCAUCGAUCUCAAUCUUCCUGCUCCUAUUGAUGAAUGAUCUUACUAAAACCGAAACCGCGGUUUUCUUCUCUUUAUUGUUUCCUUUCUGUUUAUUGAUUCUUUUGCUUCAGAUUCAAGAAUGCUUUUGGUUUGCAAGGCAAAUCAAAGUCAUCUUUUAUUUGUUCAUAAUCAUAUAAAAGCUUGGUGCUUUUGUGGCAGAGUUCAAUGAUACUUCAACUGGAAAUAGAAUAGUAAAACAAUUAUGAGAAAGCAAAAGGACCCCAUGUCACCUCUAAGAAGAAACUCUUGUCAAAAGUGUUCUUCUCUAUUUUGGUCAA